CUCAACAAUGAAAUUAAAUUGAACGAUAAAAUAAUCAUUUGUAUUUUCUUUCAUUUCUUCAUAGUCUGUGUAAAAAGCAGUUAAUGUACAUUAGAAGUCUGUGUACAAAGCCGUAAAUGUACAUUAUCCGUUCAUAUAGGUUGACGUGAAGGCAUGUGUUUCCCCCUAUUUCCAUCAAUUUUUGAACUCAAUUUAAAUUUAAUUUCCCCGGUUAAUUUCAAAUUCAAAUUCAAAACAUGAUCCAAUCCAAUCCAUUCUAUGUUUCCGUUGAGAAGUUUAUGACAGCAACUUUAAUAAGGAGUUACAAUGGUAUGUUGGUCGAGAAACAAAUUUUAUUGAAUUCCUUUGUAAUUAUCUUAAUUUCCUAGCUUUCAUAUUGUACGGAAUGAUCUUGGUUAAUCCUUGAACAACGCGAGGCGUUUACUAGAAUCCAAUAUCCAGCAGGUUACACAACGAGCAGGUGCAAUGAGGGCGAAGAUCUCAAAGUGUUUGUAUUGCUUGACUCUCCUGGCUGCAGCAAUGUCCUCAUGGCUCGGGUACAGCAUCACCAAGCACAACAUCCGAGGUUCGAUCCCCAAGCCUGACAGAGAAAUAUUACGAUUCGAAAAUAGUAAACAGAAGCAGUUAAUUUCUGAUGAAAGCGUAGAAGCUGAAUCCAUAAGUGCUAAAAACCAUUCCAAGAACCUGGGUGUCCUCGCCCAGCAUUCAUGGACACCCGUUUCUGCUUUACACAACUAUAACUACUUGCAGAAUAAUCGUCUCAAGUGCGAAAGGGCUUAUACAACGGUCAUUGCCAUCGUGGCGUCAGCCCCGGGAAACUUCGACCGAAGAAAUGUUAUCAGGAUGACAUGGAUUCAGCGCGCGAUUGAGUUCAAGUUUGCCAUGAAAGUCAUGUUCAUAUUGGGAGAGACGUCCGACAGAUCAGUCGGGUACAGGAUCAAGCAAGAGGCUUACAUCCACAAGGACAUUAUCCAAGAAGAUUUCCAGGAUACCUACCUCAACCUGACAGUCAAGACGAUCGGUGCCCUGAAGUGGGCCACACAGUCAUGCCCCCGGGCCAAGUUCUUCAUGAAACUCGACGAUGAUGUCGUUGUCAAUGUCGGGAAUCUGACUUGGUUUCUCGAAAAACACGUCCCGUCGUCCAACUACCUUGGUGGUAUUCCGAUCUUCGGGGCUCGUGUGUAUCGCGAUCCAACCGAAAAAUGGUACACACCAAUGGAGAUCUAUCCUAACGAAACAUACCCUCCCUACACGGAAGGGAAAGCGUACGUCAUGUCCAUGGACGUUGCUGAAAGGAUCUACAACCACUCUCAAACCUUACAGAUCUUCCCCUGGGAGGAUAUCUUCAUCGGUAUAUGUGCCAAACACUUAAAUAUUGUUCCCCAAGAAAUAAUAUGCUUCCUUGAACGUGAUUUACUGAAAGUGCGAUAUGAAGAUAAACUUGUAAAGUCUAACAAAACAUUAAAAAAUGUGAGGUUCCUGUACGUCGUUUACGACCUUGACGUAGAAGAAAUGAUCGAUGUUUGGAGGGCAUGGAUGUCAAAUAGCUGGGGUUAACGUAAUCGAAGUGAAGUGGAUUUUUUUUCGAAAUCAAUUUCAAUAGGUCUCAUUUAAUGGGAUGUCCAGCCCAAGAAAAAGUUGUUCUGAAUGGAAAGAGAAAAAUCUAACUAGCUGAAGAAUUCAUCGAAAUUAGAUGUAAACAAGGAAAUUGUGACAUUUUAAAAACUUUUUUUUUCAUUUUUUUUUUGUGAUAUGCAAAUGAGUGCCAAUGAGACAAUUCAUGAAACACACUCACCAUUCUUUAAAUUAUACAAUACUUUUAUUAUUUCGUAUUUCGAUUUGUUCAUCAAAUCACAAUAUGCCACAAUAAAUUGUAAUUCCUCAUGUUCAGGGAGGAAUCCAAUUUUCAAACUAUAAUGAAGAGAAAAUUGACAUGUUUCAUCUGCAUGUAAUGAAUUUCAAAAUGGUGAGUAUGACGCCAUCGGCUGCCUCAUUUGCACACCGAACGAGAUAUGCAUACUACUGGUUUGUAAACUCAAACGAUAUUUUAAAUUUGCUUAUUUUACAUCCGAUUUUGAUGAAUAUUCAUUGUUAAGCUUGUUUGAUUUUCUUUUCCUACUCAAACCAGCUUUUUGUCGGGGUGGACUUCUCCUUUAACUGCAGAAAAAGCGACAGGCAUGAGAUCGACUGAAAGAAAUUACUGCAAGACUUAAGAUCACGGACGUCUCAGGGACGCACCAUUAGAUAUCCAGGGGGCUGGAAGUUUUUCAAAAAAAAACUUGACUGGCUAUAUGAGCAAAAAAAGCUUGACUCACCAUCAGAGUAAAAAAUAAAAACUUGGUCCACUGACAAAUCAUCUGAAAGGGGCCCAAAAAAUUGUCAUACUGGACUAAGGAAAAAAAAAACUUUACUGAAAGAAGAAAGGAAAAAAAAAUUGCAUCAACCCAAACUUCCAGCCCCCCCCCCCCCCAUUAUAAUGGUGCGUCCCCUAGAUACGCCAUUUGUAAAGAGGUCUGAUUUGUCAUCGACUGGCAUUGCUUACAACACCCAAAUGGUUCUCUCAUACCCUCAUAUUAAGAAUGAUAUUAAUAUCAAAACCUAUAAAAAUGAAAUCGUGAAUCGGAUAAUGAAUAAUUGAAUGGAACCGAUGUGAAUUGACUCGAAUUUAUUAACAAAUAUCACUACAUUAUUAAAUUAAUUUGUAUCAGUGGAGUAUAGUUGAAUUUUGUUAAUCCGAGCUAACAAAUUAGCAACAUACUUAACAAAGUUAGCUCCUAUUGAAUAGGUUGACUCACAAUAUUAAUGAGCAUCGAUGAAAUGUCUCAAUUUUACUUACUUCAUUACUUCAUAUUUAUUCAACGAACAUUUUUACGUAAUUUCCAGAAAAAAAGAUUAAUAAUUGACAGAAUACUUUACAAUGAUGUUUGUAUUGUUGGUCAGCUCUUUGUGAAAUAAAUCUAUUUGUGUUAUU